AUGCAAUUUUUAACAUGGCUUGUAAUUUCAACAACACUAACGCAGAGUAAUGUAACUGGUGGAAGCAGGCUAAGAGAAUGCAAUUUGAGAGCCAUAUUCAACUUCGGCGACUCCAAUUCUGACACAGGCGGUCUCUCAGCGGCGUUCGGACAAGCUCCUCCUCCCAACGGAAUCACGUUUUUCCACUAUCCCAGCGGACGAUUCUCCGAUGGCCGCCUCAUAAUCGAUUUUAUAGCGAAGAGCUUGGGCUUUCCUUAUCUAAGUGCUUACUUGGACUCGGUGGGGUCGAAUUUCAGCCACGGAGCGAAUUUCGCGACUGCGGGAUCCACUGUUAGACCUCAGAACAGAACUAAGUCUCAGAGCGGAUACAGUCCAAUUUCCCUUGAUGUGCAGUUCGUGCAGUUCUCUGAUUUCAAAACCAGAUCCAAAUUCGUUCGCCAACAAGGAGGGGUGUUUAAGGAAUUGUUGCCCAGAGAGGAGUAUUUUUCUGAGGCUCUAUAUACCUUCGAUAUAGGCCAAAAUGAUCUCACAGCUGGCUACAAACUCAAUUUGACCACAGAACAAGUCAAGGCCUAUAUUCCUGAUGUAUUGGGCCAGUUCUCCUCAGUCAUAAAGGGUGUGUAUGGGGAAGGUGGAAGGUGGUUUUGGAUACACAACACAGGCCCAUUGGGAUGCUUGCCAUACAUGCUGGAUCGCUAUCCCAUGAGCCCAGCCCAAAUGGAUGACUUUGGAUGUGCUAAAGCAUUCAAUAGGGUGGCCCAAUAUUUUAAUAAAAAAUUAAAAGAAGCUGUUGAGAAACUGAGGGAAGAACUGCCAGAGGCUAAACUCACCUAUGUUGAUGUGUAUAGGGUGAAGUACACCCUCAUCAGCCAUGCCCAAAAAUAUGGUUUUGACAAGGGGGUGAUAGCAUGCUGUGGACACGGUGGGAAAUACAACUUCAAUAAUAGUGAGAGAUGUGGAGCAAGCAAGAGAGUUAAUGGGAGAGAGAUUGUGAUAGCCAAGUCCUGCAAAGAUCCAACUGUGAGGAUUAUUUGGGAUGGAAUCCAUUACACCGAAGCUGCUAAUAAUUGGAUCUUCCAACAAAUAGUCUAUGGCUCAUUUUCAGAUCCACCUACCUCAUCAUUAGGAGAUACAAAUUCACGUUCUUGUAGUGAAUUUUGA